GCUCACGCUAUCAACCCGAGGUAAUAGCAUUACAACCAGCUAGUGCCAAGAUGUCCGCCGGAACAAUCGCAGUCUGCAAGUUCGUAGGCACAAUAAGCCUGGGCCUACUCACAGGUGUCUCAGCGACGCUCAGCACGCUGACCCUACCAUCACUCUUGACCCUCUCAACCGCCGUGACCGCCCGCUCAACAGUAACCUACCUCCGCACCCGCACCAGCAUUCGAACCUCUUAUCUAAGACACAUCACGACCUUCUCCCUCUUCUCCGCGUACCUCCUCUCUCCACGACGAUUCCGCCACCCGUACCUCCUAUACACCUCCAUCCUCACAUUCCUCUCCGGCCCCGGUGUGGACUUCGCUAUCCAGCUCAAGGAAGGCAGCGACGCGUCGCGGGAGGCCCUCGACCUCGAGGCCCAGGGCGACGAUGUCAAUGGCGAGAUGGUGCGCAAGAACGUGGAGCGCAUGCAGUACACCGAGAACGUGAGGAGCAUCGUCGCUGGGCUUGCGUUCACGAUGGCUACGGUCGGGCUGUGGGGUGACGGCGCGUAGAAAAAGUGAGCAAUUCCGAAGAAAGUAUUACAUUUACUUCCCGCAAGAAGACGGACUACUCGACGACGACUAUGAAGAAAUCAGAAUUGCAACGAUUGCUGGAUGGACUGAUGGUGUAUUGGAGUUUUGAUAGAUCGCGAUUAUUCCCCCUCCCCUUACCCCCUCCCGUAUGUACAUCUGGUGUUUGAGGGAGUUGGAAUUGCCGUUGCGUAGCUGGUACUUGUUUAUAUCGACAUUCCCCCUUCUUGCCCUUCCGUAGGGCUUUGUACAUCUAUGAAACAAGAAAUAGGAUAUCUAUACUCGUUUAUAUGCAUUUGGGUAACGGCGAUGUGAACUAUCCGUGUAGACAUGAUAACAUGGUUUUAGUUUACAUGGAAAAGUUGAAACAUGCCCAUUG